AUGGGCCAGGAUAAAGCCAUGAAACUUACCAUCAGAAAGCUGUCAUCAGAUAAACACCUUCUGGCUGAAGGUGUUCAACCAGAAACUCAUCAAGCUAGCGGUGCAAAAGAGCCCCCUAGUGUUCCCGCGCAAAAAUGCAGCUCCACGUCCAGCUCCGCGUGCUUCUCCCUCCCGCAUUGCAAUGACAGGUGCUCUCCCAGCCCUGGUGAAACACACCUUUUGGUGGGCACCAAAGCAGAUAGCGAGUUGUGGUAUUUAGGCACUCAGAGAUGUGUUUCACCCGUCCCAUUUCGUAGCCCACCCGCUCUUUUUAGAAAUAGAAAAACUGAAUUCAAAAGAGAAAGCAACGUGCCAGAGAAAAAUCCAAGGGGAGGGAAAGACACCAAACUUCGAGGAGACCCUCGAAAUACGUUUCAACAUUCCAGCCUCACUCUCAAAUGUUCACAUCUGAAAGUUACGUUGGAAAUUACCUGGGUCGCCUUGGUGACUUCCCGAGAUGGUGCCGAUACUUAUAUAAUGAAAGCUGAGACAUUGAGCAGGGCACCGAAAUCGGUCAUCUCCUUGGCUACUGGAUCACCAAACCCCAACACCUUCCCUUUUAAGACUGCUGUUAUCACCGUAGACAAUGGAGAGCCCAUCCAGUUUAAUGAAGAGAUGAUGAAGAGAGCACUUCAGUAUUCUCAGAGUGCUGGAAUCCCCGAGCUGUUGUCCUGGCUAAAACAGUUACAAGUAAAAUUGCAUAAUCCUCCCACCAUCAAUUAUCCAACCAGCCAAGGAAAAAUGGACUUAUGUGUAACAUCUGGCAGCCAAGACGGCCUUUGUAAGGUGUUUGAAAUGAUCAUUAAUCCUGGAGAUAAUGUCCUCCUUAAUGAACCUGUUUACUCAGGAACACUUCAAGCUCUAAUGCCACUGGGCUGCAACAUUAUUAAUGUUUCCAGUGAUGAAUAUGGUAUUAUUCCAGGCUCCCUCAAAGAAGUACUUUCCAAAUGGAAACCAGAAGACUCAAAAAACCCCAAGAGAAAUGCCCCCAAAUUUCUUUACACUGUCCCAAACGGCAACAACCCUACUGGAAACUCAUUAACAACUAACCGCAAGAAGGAAAUCUAUGAGCUUGCAAGAAAAUAUGAUUUCCUCAUAAUAGAAGAUGAUCCUUACUAUUUUCUCCAGUUCAACAAGUCCUGGGCACCAACAUUUCUUUCCAUGGACGUUGAUGGGCGUGUCAUCAGAGCUGACUCUUUUUCAAAAGUCCUCUCCUCUGGGUUGAGACUAGGGUUUAUAACUGGUCCAAAACCCUUGAUAGAGAGAGUUGUCUUACACACACAAGUUUCAACUAUGCACCCCAGCACUUUUACACAGCUUCUAGUAUCACAGCUUCUACACCAAUGGGGAGAAGAAGGUUUCCUGGCUCAUGUAGAGAGGGUUACUGAUUUCUAUAGGAAGCAGAAGGAUGCAUUACUGGCAGCUGCAGACAAAUGGUUAAGUGGUUUGGCAGAAUGGCAUGUUCCUACUGCUGGAAUGUUUUUAUGGCUUAAAAUUAAGGGCAUUUAUGAUGUAAAACAACUGAUUGAAGAAAAAGCCAUUAAGAAAGAGAUAUUAAUGCUUCCUGGAAAUGUUUUCUACACCGAUACCUCAGCACCUAGCCCUUACUUUAGAGUGUCCUUCUCUUCAGCUUCUCCAGAACAAAUGGAUAUGGCCUUCCAGAGAUUAGCCCAAAUUAUUAAAGAAUCUUUAUGA